ACACAAAAUUCUUCCAUUCUCAUUACUACUAUAUGCUUAAUUCUGAUAACAUGGUAUCAGAGCAUUAGGAAAGAUUUAGUUCCUUUUUCUUUUAAAUUUCAGCUUAGUUUUUCAGACUGGGUUCUUUCUCAAAGAAACCUGAUUUCAGCUCAGACUCUCCAGAACCUCUAGGCACCAUUCUGUCUCCCAGAAACUCACUCCAGGACAGAUUUUUUUUUUAGCCCCCCUCUAUUCAGAACCUUUGUGCAGACCAUAUCCCCCAUCUGUGCCAGGUGCUCGCAGUCUGCAGUUCCAAAUCAGCACCCAAGUCAGACGUGCCUCUGGAUUUUUAUUCCAGCCCAAAACGGGCUGCUGUAAGUUUUCAUUAAAUUAAAUAUCUCAAUUUUGAAUUUUAUUACAGUUUCAAAAAAAAAAAAAAAAAAAAAGAAAAAGAAAAAAAAAAUGCCUGGUUCUGACACCUCCACUGUAACACAAAGUCAGCCUUUGAUAGUUUCUGAAGUUAUUCCCAUUAAUUUUAAAAUUACUGAGAAUAAACUUUGUGGCUCUAAUUAUCUUGAAUGGAGUAAAACUAUCAAACGCUAUUUAAGGAGCAUUGAUAAAUAUACUCACUUAGUUGAUGACCCGCCAAAGGAGGAGGUUGAUAGAGUUGCUAAUACUGCCUGGCUUCGUGACGAUUCUAGAUUAUUUAUCCAAAUUCAAAACUCAAUGGAGAAUGAGGUAAUGGGGUAUGUUAGUCAUUGCGAUACUGUGAAAGAAUUGUUUGAUUAUUUGGAAUUUAUGUACUCUGGAAAAGGUAAUCUUAACCACAUCUAUGAGGUGUGCAAAGCCUUUUACAGAGCGGAAAUGAAAGAUAAGCCUCUCACGGCUUAUUUUAUGGAUUUCAAGAAAACCUAUGAAGAGCUGAAUACAUUAAUGCCAUUUAGUCCUGAUAUCAAAGUGCAGCAAAAACAAAGAGAACAAAUGGCAGUGAUGAGUUUUUUGGCUGGUCUAACAUCUGAAUUUGAAACAGCCAAAUCACAUAUCUUAUCUAGUGAUGAGGUCUCUUCUCUUCAAGAAUCUUUCACUAGAGUGCUUCGCACCGAUACUUCAUCCACGCCAGUAGCACCUCAGUCAAACAGUGCAUUUGUAGGGCAAGUUCCAACGUUUACCCAAGGAGGUGAGAAAUGGCCACGUACUGGUCCAUCUGGCAAAGGCAUAGUAUGCAACUACUGUAAGAAGCCUGGACACUUGAUCAAAGAUUGUAGAAAAUUAAAAUUCAAAAAUCAAGGAAAUCAAGUUGCUCACAUUGCUUCCGCUACAAAGUCUUCUGAUGGAUCAAUCAGUAUGUCUUCUGAGGAAUACGCCAAAUUUCUUUGCUACCAAGAGACUCUAAAGCAUUCAUCUACUCCUAUCUCAGCUGUCGCUAAUUCAGGUAAUCCAAACACAUGUCUUGUUUCUUCAUCCUCAAAAUGGGUCAUCGACUCAGGAGCAACCGAUCAUAUGACAGGAUCUGUUGACGAAUCAGAUUAUUGGUAAAGGAUAUGAGUCGGCUGGUCUCUAUCUUUUGGACACAUCCUUACCUAAAACCAUCUCCUGUCUUGGGGUUGGAUCUGUGUUAGAGGCUCACUAUCGACUAGGACAUCCAUCUCUCCCUUUGUUGAAGAAAAUUCAUCCUCAAUUUAAUAAGGUGUCGUCUUUACAGUGUGAUUCGUGUCAAUUUGCAAAACAUCAUCGUACUAGUUUAAGCCCUCGAGUCAAUAAACGAGCACAUGCUCCUUUUGAACUUGUUCAUUCUGAUGUUUGGGGAGCUUGCCCCGUUGUGUCUAAAAUUGGCUUUAAAUAUUUUGUUACCUUUGUUGAUGAUUACUCUCGUAUGACUUGGAUUUACUUUAUGAAACGGCGUUCUGAGUUGUUUUCUCAUUUUUGUGCCUUUUGUGCUGAAAUAAAAACUCAAUUUAAUGUUCCUGUUCGUGUUUUAAGAGGAGACAAUGCUCAAGAGUAUUUGUCUGCCUCGUUUAAGUUGUAUAUGGCUCAACAUGGCAUAAUUCAUCAAACUUCAUGUGUAGACACGCCUCCUCAAAAUGGUGUGGCUGAACGAAAGAACAGACAUCUUUUAGAAACUGCGCGUGCGCUUCUUUUCCAAAUGAAUGUGCCUAAACAUUUUUGGGCGGAUGCUGUGUCUACCGCAUGUUUUUUGAUCAAUCGAAUGCCAUCUACUGUUUUGGACGGUAAAACUCCGUAUCAGUGCCUAUUUCCAAAUAAUGAACUUUUUCCUAUACCGCCUAAAAUAUUUGGUUGC